AUGGACCCGGCACCACCACCCGAACAGGGCCCGCCUUCAGCUCCGAACGUGUGGAGUGAUCCGCGCCUGGCCAAGGGCACAUUGGCCAAGCUUUGGGAAAGUGAGUCAUCCUUGAGGGCACGAAUGAUGGAUCAGGACUUCCCCUACUUGACUCGCUGGGUCACAAACCCGAAGACCAAGAAUGUGGCAAUAGGAAUCCCAUCGGUGAAAGCCAUGGGAUUGAACGUCACCGCCUUGGAAAAGCUUGCGGAGUGGUACUGCCCGGUGCAACCCAUCGCAAAAUGCGUCAACAUCAACGUGAUGAGGAGGGAGGACCCAAAUCUGGAGAACUUUUUCGCCAUCCUCGAGCGUCACUGGGCUGAGUCUGGACCCAUUGCCAACGAUGGCUAUGACGAUGCGUGUGAUUCUGACCCGGACGAUGAGGACACUGACCCAGUGGUACCCGAAAGCACAAGUAUGGAUAUGGUGGACACUGUGCCCAUGGAUACCCAAGAUAUGACCGCAGCUGAGAGUGUUGUGGAGAAUGCCAACGCGGCUAAGUCCUGUGAGGCUGUGCCCAUGGAGCCCAAGGAUACCUACAUACCUGCAGCUCCUGUGGAGGAAACCUCCAGUCAGUUGCUUAAGGCUGGGCCUUUGAAGACCCAAGAUGUGCUUGAAGCUCACGCGGAAGAAAAUGAAAAGGAAAAGCUGCUCAAGGCACGAACUUUGAUUCUUGGUGAGUCGCCGUCAGGCAAAGGCUUUGGGCUUUCUGGGGGACCACCGGCGGGGGAUGCCGGGCCUGCCUCUGGUGAAGUUGCCCAGCAUGCUGGGCAGAAAGAGGAGACCGUGGAUGGCUUCGGUGGGGAAGAACAGUUUGAGCCGCCUCGAGUGUCUGAUAGUGAACAGGCGCAGGGAGGGGAGAAAGAGUCAAAGAAUCUUGAGAAAGGUAAGAUCGAAAAGGGUGAGCACAAGGAUCCGGAGAAACCCGAGGAAACAGUGGUCAUUGAAGAGAAGGUGAAAAAUAAAGAGUUGGAGCACAAGGGCCCAGAGAAGCCUGAGGAAACAGUGCCCUCUGGCUCGGCAGCUUCGAAGAGGAGCGAAGAGUUGAAGAAUGAAGACGGCUCUGAUUCUAGCGGCGGCGGUCCUGCAUUGCCAACAGUCACAAGACUGGACCAGCAAGCAUUCAAGAAAAUGAAGACCAAUGAGACCUUUGUCUCGGAGGUUGAAGUCUUAAGGUCGGAGAUGGAAUCCACAGAGCUCACUGUGGAAGGAGAAUUUGCCACGGAAGCAGACAUGAUCGAGAAAGACAUCUAUCAGAACAUCACGCUCUACUACGUUGAGCGCAGCUACAAAGCUUCGAUGAAGCCCCUUGUUGGAACGCAGAGGUAUGUUCAAGCUGUUGCAGUGAAGAGUUCAGCAUUCAGUUCUAGGCAAACUCCUACACUUGCUUUGGUGCUUUGGUUCUUCAGCAACAUCCCCAUUCGUCCCCAGUCAGUCAGGAAGAGAUCUUCGAUCGAGAUCAACCAUCGUGCGCGCAUGGAUGUGCAGGGCGGCCUCCAGGACCUUGAACUGAAACCAGGGUGUGUUCUUGGUGAAGGGGUUGAAGAAGGCCAGGUCACUGUAGUUACUGUAGGCAGUGUUGUCGUGGCUCCCUACAUGACAAGUUCCCAUUUCUCAUGUAUGUCUUGGAGGUGA